GUGGGUGGAGAAACGGCACAGCUCAGUGCUGGAUCCCAGAGGGACUAUCAGUGUGGUAAGGACCCUUGAGACGAAGGAGGGUGCAUGGAGGGUUCAAGGCCUGUAAACCCGGGGUCGACAGCCGGCCUCUGGUUGGGGCUGGUCUCUGUGACUGUAGCCUUCCUUUGUACAGAGGCCCGGACCACCCCGAGCCCUCUGCUGACUCCCAGCAAUGCCACCUGUGAGGGGAACUCAAAGUGCAGACCCGGGAUUAUCCUUCCCAUCUGGUACCCCGAGGACCCCUCCAUGGGGGACAAGAUCGCGCGGGUCAUCGUUUACUUUGUGGCCAUGAUCUACAUGUUCCUGGGAGUGUCCAUCAUUGCCGACCGCUUCAUGGCGGCAAUCGAGGUCAUCACGUCCCAGGAGAAGGAAAUUAUCAUCAAAAGGCCCAAUGGGGAAACGACCACCACCACAAUCCGGGUUUGGAAUGAAACGGUGUCGAACCUCACCCUCAUGGCCUUGGGCUCGUCCGCCCCUGAGAUCAUGCUCUCUGUAAUCGAGGUUUGUGGACAUGGGUUCGAAGCCGGCGAGCUCGGGCCGUCAACGAUUGUUGGCAGUGCGGCCUUCAACAUGUUCGUCAUCAUCGGCAUCUGUGUGUCGGUCAUUCCCCAAGGAGAGGUACGCAAAGUCAAACACCUCAGAGUGUUCUUUGUCACGGCGGGCUGGAGCAUCUUUGCGUACAUCUGGCUCUACAUGAUCCUGGCCGUGUUCUCUCCAAACGAGGUCCAGGUGUGGGAGGGUCUGCUCACCCUGGCCUUCUUCCCCAUAUGUGUGAUCUUAGCCUGGAUCGCAGACAGACGACUGCUCUUCUACAAGUUCAUGCACAAGAAGUACCGCACCGAUAAGCACCGGGGGGUCAUCAUCGAGACGGAGACCGAGCGCACCAAGGGCAUCGAGAUGGACGGCAAGAUGGUCAACUCUCACUUCAUGGACGGCGGCGGCGCGGCCAGCAAUCUCAUUGGCUUGAUCGAGACCAAAGAAGUGGACGAGUCCCGACGGGACAUGAUCCGCAUCCUGAAGGACCUCAAGCAGAAGCAUCCGGAGAAAGAGUUGGAUCAGCUGGUUGAGAUGGCCAACUACUACGCUCUGUCGCACCAGCAGAAGAGUCGCGCCUUCUACCGCAUCCAGGCCACUCGCAUGAUGACGGGCGCCGGGAACAUCCUGAAGAAGCACGUCGCAGAGCAGGCGAAGAAGAGCACCAGCGUGCAGGAGGUGCACGUCGAGGAGCCCGAGGAGUACGUGUCUCGGAUUGCGUUCGAGCCUGCCGUCUACCAGUGCCUGGAGAACUGCGGCGCCGCCAUUCUGACCAUCACCAGGAAGGGCGGGGACAUCAACAAGACGAUCUAUGUGGAUUACAAGACAGAGGACGGCUCGGCCAACGCUGGGGCGGACUACGAGUUCUCAGAGGGGACGGUGGUCUUCAAACCCGGAGAGAUGUUCAAGGAAAUCAGCAUCGGCAUCAUCGACGACGACAUCUUUGAAGAAGACGAGCACUUCUUCGUCAGGGUCAGUAACCUCCGCGUCCUGGAGACCGAGGACGAGGUGCUUUCUGCCAACAGUCUCCCCUACCCGAAGGCCAUGCUGGGCUUCCCCACCGUCGCCACCGUCACCAUCCUGGACGACGAUCACUCUGGGAUCUUCACCUUUGAGAGCGGCGCGGCUCACAUCAGCGAGAGCAUCGGCGUUAUGGAAGUGAAAGUGAUAAGGACUUCUGGAGCGAGGGGGACGGUCAUCGUGCCUUAUCACACCGUGGAAGGACUCGCCAAAGGAGGAGGAGAGGACUUUGAGGACACCUACGGGGAACUGGAGUUCAAGAACGACGAGACCUG